AUGGCGGUUGCAUCGAAGCAGACCAGUGCUAGCACGGCAAGCAAGGGAAAGGGCGACAAUGAAGAUGAGGUCAUUCAAACAUCCGAAAUAGAUUCUUCGUCAUGGCGUCUUCGCGACAUGGCUUAUCGACUGCUGUAUCAUCGGUACGGUCCCGAAAGCGAAACAGUCCCUCCUCGCUCCAGCAGCAGCAACAUGCAUGUGGCAGAGUUUGAACCAGACUCGUGUUUGUUGCGCAUUCGUCGAGACAAAUCAGCCGUUGUCCGAAGUGCUUUUGACGCCGCAGCGACAGCUGUCCUGGAAGCCCUCGAGAAAUCCAUACAACAACACGCCAAGAAACAACGACGCAAAAGUCUCGCCUUUCAACAAAAUGAUCUUCCACCAUUUCUCAAUCAAUGGCUACAAUUGGAAGAAUUGCGGCUGUCCAGUAUGGAGCGUGCUCACAACAACAAGGACUACGCCAGACGACCUCUCCCGCCAGAUGCCAAACGCAUGGGACGAAAAACAACCACGCUUCCCUCAACGGAUCCAACGACAUCCUCGUUGGCAGACAAUAAUAAUGCCAAUAAACCAUCCACGGAAAGCAAUGGCAAGCCAGAAACAGCGGCUCCAUUCGUACCAAAAUUCACUAGAAACACACCAGCGUCUUCCACGGCGGCACUCGAUUCCAGGUACACCAAUUCCAGGGCCAUUCUUUGCACGGCCGGAUCGGUCUGCUUUGACGCAUUGACUCCUCCCUUGCCGGGAUUUGAUAUUGAUGUCACGGAUAUUCCACAAAAUCCAAACAAACUCGAAGAUCCAUCCGCGUCGACUGUCAACAUGGGAAAUGUCGUCGUAGAAGCCCAGGCUGUGGGGCAAAGAGCCAUUGCAGUCACUGUCAAUGCAUCCCGAAGAGCCGCUCUUCGAUACCAAUACCGAGCUGACAAUAUCAAAUUUGGUAGAAAGAGCGCCUUAUUUGGGGGAAACAAGGCAUUGUUUCGCAUGAAAAACAGAUUUCAAUGGAAAGAACCAUCCAAUAAUAUCGACAAUCCCCAGUCAGACGAGGACGACGCAUUCUUUUACAACGAGGAGACCAUCAUACCCUACCAACCACAACAUGAAGCCGUCACGGAGCUUUGGAGUGAAACGUGUUUGCCAAGGUUCCUAUCCAUACUCAAAUCGGGCAGUCAUUGUCUUUAUCACGAUGUCGAAUGGUGGACCCGACAUGGCCGCACUGCCAAUCUCUUUCAAGUCAUGGCACAGGAGCAAGGCAUUUAUGGAACACAUCUCAUCAUUACUACCGAGCCAGAGAUUGUACGAUUCGCACAAGAAUUCCAGCCAGUAAAUCGACAUUUAACGCUUCUUGGCAGUGUCAAUGCCGAGGGGCUUCGAGCAUUGGCCUACACGGGUGAUAAGGAACAACGAAAAUCACUUCGACUGCUUUUUAACAAGGCAACUGGCCUUUUGGACUCUCCCUAUCAUGUACUCAUCACAUCGUACCGGGCGUUCCUAGAGGAUUACUUUCACUUUUGUCAGGUGCCAUUCCAUUCGGUCGUGUUGGAUGAUGGGGCCUCCUGGUUGGGAGCAGCAAAAGGAGAUCCCAACUCGCCAAUUGCCACCGUGUGGGACACUGCCAUUUUCUCCACAAAGGAUCAUGUUGGGUUGGCUGCCACUUCGAACAAGAAAUGGGACUUUUCUCUCGACGAAAUACCCGCUGACACUUUGAGGGAGGCAUGGAUCGGGUUGACUGCUAGAAGUAGAAUCUUGGUUGCCUCAGUUCUGGAAGUACAACAACGAAAUUCCAUCGACGUGAUACCUGUGUCUGGGUUGGUGGAAUUUGUGGCGCCCAUAUUUGCCUCUGUUGCAAAGGAGGAAUGGGAUCGUUCCCGGAUUUUCACCGACGGUUGUUCGAUGGAGCACUUUCGAAAGUUACUGACGAGGUCCACCAUUGUCUAUCACCCUCUUCGCCAACAGCAAGAUCUUCGUUCCCUGGCAAUGGAUGCUCUGAAUGGACGCCUUCCAGCUCCUGAUCGGUCUCGGGAUCCCGUAGUUCCUGAAGUCAUUUCCGAUGAAACCUUUGUCAACGACAAUAAGGUGGCUUUCUCCCGACGAGGCGCGUUGAGCUGGCUCGGAAUUUCACCGGAACGAUCGUGGUUACGGUACGAACUUGGCAUGGUUUCUUUCAAGCCAAUCCUUGAUUCUUUCACCCGUUCCAGCAUGUGUGGACACUGCUGCGAAGAGAUCGUAACGGCGUCGUCAACAACUUCGACAGGUGCAACCGGGCAAGUUGCGGGAACGUUGGCAUAUCGAUUGGCUGUUCGCUGCAACCGCCAUUUUGGGUCGGAACAGGGAUUGAGGCAGCAUUUGUCAGCUGUACACGCUCCGCCAGGAACAUGGCUCUGCAGGACGUGCGGGGCCGACUGUGUUACGAGUCAAGCUAGAACCCAUCAUGAACGCUCCUGUGGCCAACCUGAAGUUGCUCCGCAUUCGAAAGAGAACGGUCAAGGAACCGGUAAAAGACAAAACUUUGGUCCUGUGGGUGUGGUGGGAAAGAAGCAAUCUAAGGCUAGGCAUGGCGCGACCGCUCAGGGUAAUACAGCACCGGAGGACAAAGAUCCAGAUGGUUCGUUCCGAGUGCUGGGGUAUCGAGGUGUUUGGGUCAACCCCAAGGGGAAACAUUUCGUCAAGAUGAAGGGAAAGAAAUUGCCACACUACUUUGACAGCAUUGAGGAUGCGGCGAAGGCACACGAUGCUGCAGUCAAGCAACCUUCUGGUGAUCCAAAGGCUGAGCUGAACUUUCAGGAAGAUGGUACUAGAAUAGUUUACGAAGAGGUGUCAACAGCGGGCUCCACUGGACUUGGGGGCAGUGCCAGCAACGUGGUUCCGGCUCUUUCUGUGAUCAACAUCAAGGACCUGCCUGCUGAUGUGAAGCCGCUGCUUCGGGACCCUAGGCAAACGUCGAGAACAGGUGGUAAUUCCAAGCGGCAUGUUUAUGCCUACAGAGGCGUUUGCCGUCAAGCACGAAAAGGGCACGACCGCUGGCAAUCGCAAAUCUCCUUCAUGGGUGUGAACCAUUAUCUGGGAACCUUUGACAGCGAAUGGGAUGCAGCUGCAAUAUAUGCAUGGGCGCAUCUAAUCUUGUAUGGAGCCGAAGCGACUCUAAAAGCGCAAAGAGAAGGCGAAGAAGCUGCCGCAGCGUAUGAGCAAGAAAAGAAGAUGAUCGAAGAAGGCAAGCUGGUUCCUCCUCCCCCAAAAGCAGACAAGAAGAAACCCAAGACGCAGAGGAAGCCAAAGGAAAAGAAAGGUGAAACGAAAAAGGAAGGUGCUGGGCAGGCGAAGAAGGGUGAAGGUGCUGCUUCCAAAAAACGCAAAGUCAGUGGUGACGAUGAAGAUGAUGGAGGCGAUGCUAGGAAAAAGGGAAAGCCGGGACCCAAGCGACAGAAGGUAGAAGACAAGGAAGCUCUUGCUCCAAUCCUUGCCAAAGGCGCUUCUAGAGCGUGGUCGCUGGCGCCUCGAGAUCAGUAUCUAAACAAAGGUCACGCGGAUCUUGUCGCGUUGGCAGGUGCUCGAAUCGUCCCAGCUCAGGACAGCGGAUUUCGGUUGGUGGACCCAAACCAUCCACCAACAGUGGACGACUUGCUGCGUCCUUGUCGCAAAGUUUCGGAUUCGUCAACAACGUCAGGGGCGGCUAUGUUGCUAGGACUAUCGGCAACUUUGUUUGGUUGGGACGUUGAAUUGUUUUGUUCGAACCGCGUUUUUGAUUCGCCAGAGCAAGAGCGAGAUGCCACGUCCGCCUUGGCAGCGGAAUACUCCACUGAUGGGUCGAAUGAGAGCUUCCGAGCGCUCAUGGAGGGAACAUUAUGUGUCAUUGGCAAUGCGAGUCCGUUAACGCGCAAGGCACACAAGCAACUGGGGCUUGGAAAAAUCCAGAUUGGCGCUUCGGUGGGUGAAAUUGAUUGCAACGUUGGAGGCGCCGCCUUAACGUGCAGCGAAACGGCGGCUACGAUCCGAUACGCUCCAACAUCAGCUGGCGAUUUUCAAUUCACUGCCCUCAAUGACGAUGAUAUUGUAACGCUGAACGGACGGCGAGUUACCCCAGGCAUGGGAAGCUUUCCUCUCUUCAACGAAGACAUUUGCACGGUUGGAGCACGUGUGUUCCUCUUUUUGUUACCAAGAUAA